GAGGAGAGAGACGUCAUCGAACGGACUCUCCUUCGCAAGCUAGACGCUCGAAUGUCUAUCCUGAUACUUAUUUAUAUAUUGAACUAUAUUGACCGUAAUAAUGCAGCUGCUGCUAGGUUACGUGGCUUUGAGGAAGACCUUGGUUUGAAAGGGCAGGAAUUCAACACCAUUUUGAGCAUUCUAUAUGUGGGCUACAUCAUCAUGCAAGUUCCAUCCAAUAUGCUAUUAGAUUAUAUUGGGAAGCCAUCAAUCUAUUUACCAGCUUGCAUGGUUGUAUGGGGGUUUAUAUCGAUAAUGACAGGUUAUUUUACUGGUGCUUUGCUAACCCGUUUCUUCCUCGGAUUUGUUGAGGCUGCUUUUUUCCCUGGGGCGUUGUUUCUCUUGUCCAAGUGGUAUAAACGAAGAGAGCUUGGUCAGAGAAUGGCAUAUCUAUCCUGUGGUAUUCUUCUAAGUAACGCGUUUGGGUCAUUACUGGCUUCUGCUAUUCUUGAUGGUAUGGAUGGGCGUCUUGGCCGUGCAGCUUGGAGAUGGCUUUUCUACAUCGAAGGCUCUCUUACUGUCUUCGUCGCGAUAUGUGCCAUCUUCAUUUUGCCUGAUUUCCCUUCGAUGUCUCAUAGCUGGCUCACCCCUGCCGAACAUGCACUCGCAAAACAGAGGAUGGAGGAAGAUGCUGGCACUACCAUAGAGUCAGUGAUUGCAUUGGAUAAAUCUCGGGAAAACCCCAUAAUACUAGCUCUCACCGAUUGGAAAGUUUGGUGGAUGGCCAUAGCGCUGACUAGCAUGGUUGUGUCCUUAUCCUUCAACGCAUUUUUUCCAACUUUGAGUGCAACAUUGGGAUUUAGUCCAACGGUCACUCUGCUGUUGUGUGCCCCACCGUGGUUGUUUGCUACAUUCGAGGCAUUCGUAAUAUCCAGGCAUUCCGAUGCAUCUGGGAAGCGUUUCAUGUAUAUUACGCUUUCCUUGCUCCUUGGCAUCCUCGGUUUCCUGAUCGCCAUGUCUACUAUGAAUAUAGUCGCUCGUUAUAUUUCUUUGUUUCUAAUGGCUCAGUCGUAUACUGGCUUCAUCGUGUUUUUUGCAUGGGUCAGUAAUACGAUUCACAGCCCGUCUUCGAAACGUGCGGUGUCGCUUGCUUUCAUAAACGCCGUGUCUUCUCUAGGAAAUGUUGCAGGAUCAUAUGUCUGGCCGAUAUGGUGGGGUCCUUCGUACAGGUAUUCGUGUGCCAUCUGCAUAGUUGGGAACGGCCUGUGUAUAAUCAUGUCUUUGGCUUUGAAACGACAUCUGGAACAACUAAAUAGAAAAGCGGAGGAAGAGGAGGAUGCAUCAGGGCAGCCCAAAGGUUUCAGAUACUUACUUUAA